GGCACACAGUGCUGUGUCUUGCUGCGUCCACACACACACUCACACGCUGAGUCCCCGGCUCCUUGGAAAUUUCCCUGAACGCGGAGGCGGAGGAGGAUUUAGAGAAUCUCCGAGUGCUGCUGAGGAGCGCUACAGUCGGCCAGCGUGCAUCUUCCCACUUGCAUGAAAUGCAGCAUAGGUUCUGAAGCUGUGAAGACCAGCAGACAUCAAAGGCUGCAUUUCUCUCAGCAAUAAGGUGUAGCUGCCGCCCCCGUCCACCCCACCUGCAAAGAUGGUGGCGUUGUCGCUGAAAAUCUGCGUGCGCCAGUGCAACGUUGUAAAGACGAUGCAGUUCGAGCCCUCGACAGCCGUUUACGAUGCCUGUCGGAUCAUCAGAGAGCGAGUCCCGGAGGCUCAGACUGGACAAGCUUCAGACUACGGUCUGUUUCUGUCUGAUGAAGACCCAAGAAAAGGCAUCUGGCUGGAGUCGGGAAGGACACUGGACUACUACAUGCUCCGUAAUGGGGAUAUCCUUGAAUACAAGAAGAAGCAGAGGCCACAGAAAAUCAAAAUGUUGGAUGGGGCAGUGAAAACCAUCAUGGUGGACGAUUCCAAAACAGUGGGAGAGCUUCUUGUGACUAUAUGCAGUAGAAUAGGUAUCACCAACUACGAAGAGUACUCCGUCAUCCAGGAGUUGGUGGAGGAGAAGAAGGACGAUGGGAUGGGCACGCUGAAGAAGGACAGGACGCUGCUGCGAGACGAGAGGAAGAUGGAGAAGCUGAAAGCCAAACUGCACACGGAUGAUGAACUGAACUGGCUGGACCACAGCAGAACAUUCAGGGAGCAGGGCGUGGAAGAGAGCGAGACGCUUUUACUCAGACGCAAGUUCUUCUACUCGGACCAGAACGUGGACUCGCGGGACCCGGUCCAACUCAAUCUGCUUUACGUACAGGCUCGAGAUGACAUCUUGAAUGGUUCUCACCCUGUAUCGUUUGACAAGGCCUGUGAGUUCGGAGGCAUUCAGGCCCAGAUCCAGUUUGGACCUCACAUAGAGCACAAGCACAAACCUGGGUUUCUGGAUUUGAAGGAGUUUCUACCCAAAGAAUACAUCAAGCAGAGAGGAGCUGAGAAGAAGAUAUUCCAGGACCACAAAAACUGUGGGGAGAUGACAGAGAUAGAAGCUAAAGUCAAGUAUGUCAAGCUUGCGAGGUCUUUGCGGACGUACGGCGUCUCCUUUUUUCUGGUCAAAGAAAAGAUGAAGAGUAAGAACAAGCUGGUGCCAAGGCUCCUUGGCAUCACCAAAGAGUCUGUGAUGAGAGUGGAAGAGAAGACCAAAGAUGUGGUUCAGGAGUGGCCGCUGACCACCGUGAAGAGGUGGGCAGCGUCACCCAAGAGCUUCACCCUGGACUUUGGGGAGUAUCAGGAGAGCUACUAUUCGGUGCAAACCACUGAAGGGGAGCAGAUCUCGCAGCUCAUUGCUGGUUACAUUGACAUCAUCCUCAAAAAGAAGCAAAGCAAGGACCGUUUUGGAUUAGAAGGGGAUGAGGAGUCAACCAUGCUUGAGGAAUCCGUGUCCCCAAAAAAGUCCACCAUCCUCCAGCAGCAGUUUAACCGCGUGGGCCGGGUGGAGCAUGGCUCAGUGGCGCUGCCGGGUGUGAUCCGCUCUGGCUCCAUUGGCACAGAGUCGCUCAGCAUGGGCUCAAUGCCACCUGCUCAGCAGCAGAUCACAAUGGGUCAGAUGCACCGUGGGCACAUGCCACCACUGAGCUCAGCACAACAGGCUCUGAUGGGAACCAUUAACACCAGUAUGCAAGCAGUGCAGAAGGCCCAGAUUGACCUGGGAGAGGUUGACAACCUGCCACCGCUGGGACAGGACAUGGCAUCCAAGGUCUGGAUCCAGAACAAGAUGGAUGAAUCGAAACACGAGAUCCACUCCCAGGUUGAUGCCAUCACUGCAGGAACAGCCUCUGUGGUCAACCUCACAGCUGGUGAUCCCACUGACACGGACUACACAGCGGUGGGCUGCGCCAUCACCACUAUCUCCUCUAACCUGACGGAAAUGUCAAAGGGUGUUAAGCUGCUGGCUGCACUGAUGGAGGAUGACUUCGGAGGAGGAAACGACCUAAUGAGGGCUGCCAGGACACUAGCAGGGGCCGUGUCUGACCUGCUGAAGGCUGUGGAGCCAGCCUCAGGAGAGCCCAGACAGACUGUGCUGACAGCAGCAGGCAGCAUCGGCCAGGCCAGUGGAGACCUCCUGCGCCAGAUUGGAGAGAAUGAGACAGACGAAAGGUUCCAGGACAUUCUGAUGAAUCUGGCCAAAGCAGUGGCCAAUGCUGCAGCCAUGCUGGUGCUCAAGGCCAAGAAUGUGGCUCAGGUUGCCGAGGACACGGUGCUUCAGAACCGGGUCAUUGCAGCUGCCACCCAGUGUGCACUGUCCACCUCCCAGCUGGUGGCAUGUGCAAAGGUCGUGAGUCCCACCAUCAGCUCUCCAGUUUGCCAGGAGCAGUUGAUUGAAGCAGGAAAGCUUGUGGAUCGAUCGGUAGAAAGCUGUGUCCAGGCCUGUCUCUCAGCCACAGAGGAUGGCGAGCUCCUUAAACAGGUGAGUGCUGCAGCCAGUGUGGUGAGUCAGUCUCUGGGAGACCUCCUGCAACACGUCCGUCAGUACACCGCCAGAGGAGAGCCCAUCGGACGCUACGACCAGGCCACAGACACCAUCAUGAUGGUCACUGAGAAUAUCUUCAGCUCGAUGGGAGACGCAGGAGAGAUGGUCCGCCAGGCUCGCGUUUUGGCUCAGGCAACCUCCGAUCUGGUCAACGCCAUGAGGUCCGACGCUGAGGCCGAGGUGGAUGUUGAAAAUUCAAAGAAGUUACUGGCAGCUGCUAAACUGCUUGCUGACGCCACUGCCAGGAUGGUGGAGGCAGCAAAGGGGGCCGCAGCAUACCCGGAGAAUGAGGACCAGCAGCAGAGACUGAGGGAGGCUGCGGAGGGUCUGCGUGUGGCCACCAACGCUGCGGCUCAGAAUGCCAUCAAGAAGAAACUGAUCAACAGACUGGAGAAUGCUGCUAAACAAGCCGCGGCUGCAGCCACACAAACCAUCGCCGCUGCUCAAAAUGCUGCCGCGUCUAACAAGAACACCGCUGCUCAUCAGCAGCUGGUGCAGAGCUGUAAGGCCGUGGCGGACCACAUGCCGCAGCUCAACCAGGGCGUACGUGGGAGUCAGGCCAAACCGGAGGACCUCAGUGCACAGCUAGCCCUCAUCAUUGCCAGUCAGAACUUCCUGCAGCCUGGCAGUAAGAUGGUGACCUCGGCCAAGUCAUCCGUUCCCACGGUGACGGAUCAGGCUGCAGCCAUGCAGCUUGGUCAGUGUGCAAAGAAUCUGGCUACCUGCCUGGCUGAGCUGAGGACGUCUGCACAGAAGGCACAUGAAGCUUGCGGCCCCAUGGAAAUCGACUCUGCGCUCACUGCCAUCCAGACCCUGAGAAGUGAGCUGCAAGAUGCCAAGCUGGCUGCUGUGAAUGCCCAACUCAAACCUCUACCUGGAGAAUCCCUGGAGAAGUGUGCUCAGGAUCUGGGCAGCACGUCCAAGUCAGUGGGAUCCUCGAUGGCUCAGCUGCUCACCUGUGCAGCACAAGGAAAUGAACACUACACAGGAAUAGCCGCCAGGGAGACGGCUCAGGCGCUGAAAACACUGGCGCAGGCGGCACGCGGUGUCGCCGCUUCCACCACGGACCCCAAGGCUGCAGCCGCCAUGCUGGACUCUGCUCGUGAUGUCAUGGAGGGAUCAGCACUUCUCAUUCAUGAGGCCAAGCAGGCGCUGGAUUGUCCUGGAGAUGCCGAGAGCCAGCAAAGGCUCGCACAGGUGGCCAAAGCUGUGUCUCAUUCCCUGAAUAACUGCGUCAACUGUUUGCCUGGCCAAAAAGAUGUGGACAUGGCUCUCAAAAGCAUCGGGGAGGCCAGCAAGAAACUGCUGAUUGAAACUAUCCCUCCAGCCUCUAAGUCGUUCCAGGAGGCCCAGAGUGAUUUGAACCAAACAGCAGCAGGCCUGAACCAGUCAGCGGGCGACGUGGUCCACGCCUCCAGAGGCUCCAGCAACCACCUCGCAAUGGCUUCUGGGAAGUUCAGUCAAGACUUUGAUGAGUUCCUGGAUGCUGGAAUCGAGAUGGCUGGGCACACUCAGAAAAAGGAUGACCAGGUGCAGGUGAUUGGUAAUCUGAAGAACAUCUCCAUGGCGUCUAGCAAGCUGCUGCUGGCUGCUAAGAGUCUGUCCGUCGACCCCGCAGCGGCAAACGCUAAGAACCUGCUGUCUGCUGCCGCGAGAGCAGUGACUGACAGCAUUAACCAGCUGAUUACACUGUGUACACAGCAGGCGCCUGGACAGAAGGAGUGUGACAACGCUCUCAGAGAGCUGGAGGCUGUCAGAGGAAUGCUGCACAACCCCAAUGAGCCGGUCAGUGACCUCUCCUACUUUGACUGCAUUGAGAGUGUGAUGGAGAACUCCAAGGUCCUCGGAGAGUCCAUGGCAGGGAUUUCCCAGAACUGCAAGACCGGUGAUGUGCCUGCUUUUGGAGACUGUGUGGGAUCAGCCUCCAAGGCUCUGUGUGGCCUCACUGAAGCUGCAGGACAGGCUUCCUAUCUGGUGGGUGUGUCUGACCCAAACAGUCAGGCGGGGCACGAGGGGCUGGUGGAUCCCAUCCAGUUUGCCAAAGCCAAUCAGGCAAUUCAGAUGGCUUGUCAGAACCUUGUUGACCCAGACAGCAGUCCCUCCCAGGUCCUGUCUGCAGCCACCAUUGUUGCUAAGCACACCUCAGCGCUGUGCAACGCCUGCCGCCUGGCUUCCUCCAGAGCGGCCAACCCAGUUGCCAAGAGGCACUUUGUGCAGUCGGCCAAAGAGGUGGCGAACAGCACUGCCAACUUGGUCAAAACCAUUAAGGCGUUAGAUGGUGAUUUCUCAGAUGAGAACAGGAACAAGUGUCGGGUUGCCACGGAUCCUCUAAUCGAGGCUGUGGAGAACCUGACAACAUUUGCUUCGAACCCGGAGUUUGCCAGCAUCCCAGCUCAAAUCAGCGCCGAGGGCUCUGCUGCUCAGGAGCCCAUCCUCCAGUCAGCAUAUUCCAUGCUUGAUAGCUCCACCUACCUGCUCAAGACUGCACGCUCAUUGGUUAUCAACCCCAAAGACCCGCCCACCUGGUCUGUCCUGGCCGGUCACUCUCGCACCGUCUCCGACUCCAUCAAGAGCCUCAUCACGGCCAUCCGGGACAAGGCCCCAGGCCAGCGAGAGUGUGACUCAUCAAUUGAUAACAUCAACAAAUGUAUCCGGGACAUUGAACAGGCCUCUCUGGCAGUGGUCAGCCAGAACUUAGCCAGCAGGGACGACAUUUCACUGGAAGCACUACAAGAGCAGCUGACGUCCACUGUGCAAGAAAUUGGCCACCUAAUUGACCCCAUUUCCACUGCUGCCAGAGGCGAGGCUUCCCAACUAGGACACAAGGUGACUCAACUUGCUGGUUACUUUGAACCACUGAUCGCAGCGUCUGUGGGCGUGGCGUCUAAACUGAGGGACCACCAGCAGCAGAUGACUUUCCUGGACCAAACCAAGACACUGGCUGAGUCUGCUCUGCAGAUGCUCUACGCUGCCAAGGAGGGUGGAGGAAACCCAAAGGCAUCUCAUACCCAUGAUGCCAUAGCCGAGGCAGCCCAGCUCAUGAAGGAGGCAGUUGAUGAUAUCAUGGUGACACUGAAUGAAGCUGCCAGUGAAGUGGGAAUGGUGGGAGGAAUGGUGGAGUCCAUUGCAGACGCCAUGGCCAAGCUGGAUGAAGGUACACCGCCUGAACCUGAGAGUUCAUUCGUGGAUUACCAAACCAGUAUGGUGAAACACUCUAAGGCUAUUGCUGUCACUGCUCAGGAAAUGAUGACCAAAUCAGUGACAUGUCCAGAUGAGCUGGGAGGGUUGGCCUCCCAGGUGACCGUGGACUACAGCCAGCUGGCCGUCCAGGGUCGACUGGCUGCUCACACAGCUGAGCCAGAGGAGAUCGGUUUCCAAAUCAAGAAUCGAGUGCAGGAGCUCGGCCAUGGCUGUAUCUUCCUGGUCCAGAAGGCUGGAGCUCUGCAGAUCACACCCUCAGAUAGUUUCACUAAACGAGAACUCAUAGAUUGUGCCCGUGCAGUCACAGAGAAGGUGUCCUUGGUGCUCUCGGCUCUCCAGGCAGGCAACAAGGGCACACAAGCUUGCAUCACGGCAGCCAGUGCGGUGUCUGGUAUCAUCGCUGACCUGGACACCACCAUCAUGUUUGCCUCUGCCGGCACACUGAACACGGAGAACGACGAGUCCUUCGCUGACCACAGAGAAAACAUUUUGAAGACAGCCAAAGCCCUGGUGGAGGACACAAAGAUGCUGGUGUCUGGUGCAGCUUCUGGACAGGACAAGUUGGCGCAUGCCGCCCAGUCCUCUGCCAAAACCAUAACCCAGCUCACAGACGUGGUCAAACUCGGAGCUGCUAGCAUUGGCUCGGACGACCCUGAGACACAGGUGGUCCUGAUAAAUGCUGUCAAAGACGUGGCCAAGGCGCUGGCCGAGCUCAUCAGUGCCACCAAGUGUGCUGCCGGGAAAGCUGCAGAUGAUCCAUCCAUGUACCAGCUGAAGAGUGCAGCCAAGGUGAUGGUGACCAACGUUACGUCUCUGCUGAAGACGGUUAAGGCUGUGGAGGACGAGGCCUCUCGCGGAACCAGAGCCCUGGAGGCCACAAUCGAGUGUAUCAAACAGGAAUUGGCGGUGUUUCAAUCCAGGGAUGCUCCCAACAAGACCACCACACCUGAGGAGUUUAUUCGCAUGACUAAAGGCAUCACAAUGGCAACAGCUAAAGCAGUGGCUGCAGGGAACUCUGCCCGACAGGAGGAUGUCAUCCAUACGGCCAACCUGAGCCGCAAAGCCAUCUCAGACAUGCUCACCACCUGCAAGCAAGCUGCAUAUCACCCAGAGGUCAGUGAGGAGGUGAAGCACAGAGCGCUGAUGUACGGAUCAGAGUGCACAACCGGAUACAUCGAUCUGCUAGAACAAGUCCUACUGGUCCUGCAGAGGCCCAGUGCAGAGCAGAAGCAGCAGCUGGCAGCCUGCUCUAAACGGGUGGCAGGUGCCGUUACAGAGCUCAUCCAGAGCGCAGAGGCCAUGAAAGGUUCAGAGUGGGUGGACCCCGAGGACCCGACAGUGAUUGCAGAAACGGAGCUGCUCGGAGCGGCGGCGUCCAUCGAAGCAGCGGCAAAGAAGCUGGAGCAGCUCAAACCCAGAGCCAAGCCCAAGCUGGCAGAUGAGACUCUGAACUUUGAGGAGCAAAUCCUGGAGGCAGCCAAGUCCAUCGCUGCAGCCACCAGUGCUUUGGUCAAAUCAGCCUCGGCUGCUCAGAGAGAGCUGGUGGCUCAGGGCAAAGUGGGCUCCAUCACUGCUAAUGCUGUGGAUGAUGGACAGUGGUCACAGGGACUAAUCUCAGCAGCACGCAUGGUAGCGGCAGCGACCAGCAACCUGUGUGAGGCAGCCAAUGCAUCAGUGCAGGGUCACGCCAGCGAGGAGAAGCUCAUCUCCUCAGCCAAGCAAGUGGCGGCGUCCACUGCUCAGCUGCUGGUGGCCUGUAAGGUGAAGGCUGACCAGGACUCGGAGGCCAUGAGGAGACUUCAGAUUGCCGGUAAUGCUGUGAAGAAGGCGUCGGACAACUUGGUGCGAGCAGCACAGAAGGCAGCGUUUGACAAAGCAGACGAAGACAACGUGGUGGUCAAGACAAAGUUCGUGGGUGGAAUAGCACAGAUUAUUGCAGCACAGGAGGAGAUGCUGAGGAAGGAAAGAGAGCUGGACGAAGCCAGGAAGAAACUGGCUCAGAUCAGACAGCAGCAGUACAAGUUCCUGCCCACUGAACUACGAGAGGACAACAACUAAGGAUUCAACGUCACUAUCCCCACUGCAUUCACUUGAAGCAGUGUGAAGAGCACAUUUUAUACGUCUGUGUGCAAAUUUGUGUUCUUUUAAUGGCACACUUGGACACAUAUGUGGCCUACAGCACCUUCAGAUAGAAAUCAUGUCCACAUAACAUGGAAAGAUCAUAGUCCUCUACAAGGAGGUUUUAAAGACUACUGUCUGGAACUGACGACACUCUGAAAACAACGUUACGAUUGUGGUGAUUUGCCUGAAGAACUGUUUUUUGUUUUGUCCUCCCAAGAAGCAUAACUUCUUUAACUUAUGUAACCUAAACCGGAAUGUGACGUGCUGAUGACGGUGCAACUCAUACACUUGUUUGUCCAUUGUUUUGUUUUACCAUGUUCAGCUGAAGGUCAUACACUUUUUAAGAUGAUGAAUUGAUUGUAAUGCAGAUUGAGUCACACAGCCGUUUAACUGCAACAUCACUCAGAGAGUGCAUUUCAAUAUUGGAUAGUUAGUUAAUGGUGAUUUCGUUUACUGAUGGGUUUCACAUGCAAAAUCAAUUUUUUUUUCUUUAAAGAUGCAACAAAUUCAGCGUCUUUUGUUAAUGUCCAUGAAUAUGCGAGUCAUCAUUUACAGCCUCUGGGAGAAUUGCGUUAAAAUGUGAAUGCUUUUCAACACUGGACAACGCAUUACCGUGGAAAGAAUAUUUAUUGUUCAUGUAUAUUUUUUAGCAGAUAGGCAUAUUUCAGGGGCAGAAAUAGCCUCACUUAUUUACCACCACUAGCAGAGUCUGUGGUGGAUAACAGACAAAUGAUCUUCCCCCGAUCCUGCCUUUAUUUUAUUCCUCAUCAUGCUGGGUAUUCACCUUCAGACAGUAAAUUGAUUUUCAUUGUGAUGCAACAACACAGAUUGAGCUUAAGGGGGCAGUAUUGAUUUGCCUUACACCCUCCAAAAUGUAUUAAAUUAAUUAAAACUUUCCAGCAAUACUGAACCACUGCCAUGGAUUGAUCAUAGCCAAAUUCACCUCCAAUUAUGUAAAUCUGAAAAUAACUUGCCAAUUAAGUUAUUCCCACAAAGAAAUUAAGGAAGAAUUGAGGAUGAAAGGAGUGAAUUGAAGAAACACUGCAGUUAAUCUUUCUCCUUUCUUCUUUCGUCUCUGAAGUUAAUGGUGCUCUGUGUGACUUUAUGAAUAUUCUAACUGCUGCAAUAGAAGAACCUUUUUUGUUUACCGAGUUUGAUUGUAGUGCGUUUGGUUCCCAUGUCUGACAAAUAUAUGGGCUGUGUUUCAACAUCACAGGACAGAAAUAAUGUGUAGCUGUGAAAAUGCAUGGCUUUGUGCUUCAGUGGCAUCUCUUGUUUAUACAGCGAAAGAGCAAACGUUUGGAAAGAUGCACUGAGUGGGUCUGACCUCCACAUACAGACACUAAAACACGACAAGCAGCUAAAGACGGACUGAAUUCAGAUGUGUUGUCGAGCAUCUUUUUUUUUUUUAAUGUGCGAAUUGAAGGAAGGUGGGGUGUGAGGUGGGAUUCGGGGGUGGGGGGUUAAUCCACUGCUCAUCAGUUGAGUCUGUAGUGUUUAUGAUUAGUGCCUUAGUCUGUAGCCCAUACAGUGUCUGGUCUGCUUCACCUCAUUGGUCAAAGGAAGGUACUGGACAGGAUGUUUCGUUUGGGAAUGUAGGUUCAUGUCCGUGGGUUUUUGUUGUCCCCCUUGUUAACGUAAUGUUCCUCUGAAGUGCUGAACCAACUGCAUCCCUUUAUCUUUUCUUAUUCUCUCUGCCACAUGUCGGGCCUUUGAGGUAUGAUAGAGGAACUGCCUGUCAAAAAUGUGUACUCUCAGUAUAGUCUACAUAUAUAUGAACACGUUUUUGUACUGCACACCAUGGGCACGGACCACAGUGCUUUUAAAUUUCUACAGCCUGCAGAUUUAGAUUUGUUCACUGCUUUAUUGUAUGAUAUGAAGUCAUGGACAUUUUUUUUUUUCCUCCCUGUACUUUUAAACCUCUGUGAUAAGAUAAAUGUGAUUAGAGCAUUUCAAUACAUCUGGCACCAUAGCAAGGUGUUGUCGCGCAUUUCAACGAUAUGGAGUAUUUGAAGUGUUCCGUGUGUGUUUCUCGCCCCCUUAACAGAAAUACAAUAAUGAAGUUAGGACAAUUAAGAUAAGCGAUAACAUACAGUAUGAAAGAUAUUUAUCUGCCGUCAAUAAAACUAUUUUUUGUAUUCACUGAAAGCAAAGCAUUUCAA